CCCAGUGUUUGUGCCCGUCGGAGAUAUGACUGAGGUGAUGAUCAGCAGCACCCCCAUGGACGAUAUGAGGCUCAGUCCGAGCAAGGACAGGCUCUCCUUCCAGAUAUUCCCAGAUCCCUCAGACUUUGACCGUUGCUGUAAGCUCAAAGAUCGUCUGCCAUCCAUUGUGGUUGAGCCAACAGAAGGAGAAGUUGAAAGCGGAGAGCUUCGUUGGCCACCAGAUGAGUUUCUAGUCAGUGAAGAGGAGGAGGAAGAGGAGGAACAGACUGAGGGCAGCAACCAAAAUGGACAGCCAGCACAAAAUUCUCAGCACUAGAGGUGGCGUUUUGGCACCUGUACACCAUGCGCUUAUAGUUUCUGAUGAACUCUACCUUUUUUUUCACACUGGUUACACCUCACUUGAGCACUCGGCAUAUUUGACUGACACAUUCAAUGUCAGACAAACAUGCACACAUACAAAGAUACAAAGCCUCACUCUAACAAGUGAGGGAAUAAUUUAUUUUCCUGUGCUGAAAUUCUUCCGACAUGGACGUGAAAAGAUCAGGCGAUGCGUAACUUCAGCCCACACCUUCUUCCAGCCGCGUCCUCCACCACCAUGCGUCUCAGCUCAAAGCUGACGGCCCAUUUAAGAGCCGCACCUUAUCGUUCCAUGAAUAGCUCAAACUCUGUGGGGGGAGGGGGUUCCUGCUGCUCUAAAACGGCUGGCAUCAUGACCCCGGAGUCUUCAUACUUGUGUGAACUGUGGUACCUGUGGGGAAAGUAUUGUACAGUACACUGGGUUUUUUGUUUCCUUUUUGAUUUAUUGCCACUGCUGUCAAGAUGUCUUUCAGAAAUGAAUGUUGUGACUGUUUUUGAAAAGUGUGUUCUGUGUAAAAUGUUACUGGGUUUUUGUYUAAGUUAUACUUUUGGGAGGGGCUUAGGUUUUCUGAAGUAAAGAACCUGCAGCUGAAUAUGUGUAGGGUGGGAGUACUAUGCCUUGCUAAGCUGUGUAACUAAUUCACUUUACAGGCUUUAUGCACUGACACCAGAGCUAUGCUUUAAUUUUGUCAUCACAUUGGCCCCCAUAAACCAGUGCUCAGAUGACAAAGCAAAAGUUUGCUGUGGCUCAGAGGUUAAGAUGGUAAGCUGAGAAUGGGGGUUAAAUAAAUGCUUUAGAGGUAGGGGGCUCUUGAUAAGCAAUGUACAGACCCAAUGAAGGACUUUUAAAUGCAUGUUUCUAACCCCUGAGACUUAGAUGUGCAGAAAUAAUGUGCAGAAAUAAGUGAACUUUCUUUUAAUGUCUUCCUGGUUUUGAAAACAGCCAUACUUCGACACGAUGAGGUUCUGAUCCAUUCUGUGGAAUAGKUGGCUCAAGGUUAUAGGCAAUACCUAAAGCAGUACUCUUURGUCACURUUGACUUCUGAUAAUUACCAAAUGGUGUUAGUUGGAAAUUUUAAUAUUCAACAACUUGCUGUUUUGUCUAAAGGAAAAUGUGUAAGUGUGUGAUGUUCCUGUUUGUAGAAGCAUGACUUAAGUCUUUUUGUUUUCGCUUUGAGUGGCAUUAAGGCUUGUAUAGAACAUCUCUUUUUGUCACCUACAGGUCCCACAUUGCUUUUGUAAAGCUCAGGGAGAUUAGCCGCCUUAUUUUAUCCCCUUCCCCCCUUUUUAGUGUUAUCUUUUUGUUCCUUUUUGUAUUUAAACCACUUUUGUCAUUACUGAAGUUGUAAAUAAAAACUGAAUUUGCUAUA